UGAUGAAUCUUGAUGUUUACUUUUAAGAUACUAUUUUUAACAUUAAUCAUCUAAAAUCACCUCUCAAGAAACUUGAUUUGAAAAUAUUUGUGAAAUUUACUUUUUUUUGGAUGAAUUAUAAAGUUAUUUUACCAAUGGCGUGUAUCGCUUUCUUAUUGCUACUUGCUGCCACAUCAAUCGAUAUCAAAAGUGUUAGUAGUAGUAGUCAGUAGAAUUUUGUGAUUUGUGUGCUAAUUAUAACAAUAGCGAACAGUACGCUAUCAGUCUUCCAAAAAAACGAGUGAGUUUCUUUGUCAUUCUAUUCAAUAUUCUCAAGAUGAAAAUACAGAAGAUGCGGACAAUAGUUAUGUUCACUACAUAAAUUUGUGCGAUCAAAAUGAUGAUCCCUAAAUCGACGCGACCGGCUCGAAGAAAAUGAUUUCAUUUAUGCUUCAUUUUUUUUGCACUGACUGACAAUUAUUUAUUGUGCUUACGUCAAGCAAUUAAUUGUUUCUUCUGUUAAUCAAUGACCAAUCAACAUUCUUGGAAGGAAAGCAUUUUUAAACUUGUUUAGGUACAGGAACCAUAAAGGCUGAUAAAAAAAAUCCAGUUUAAUGUGAAAUGGGUAGUUCUUGGUGGCAAUGCGCUGCAUGCUUAAGAGCACAAGAAGAAGAUAUUUGUGAAUUGCAAUUGAAUCAUUGCAAUCUUUACGAUGUUCCGCCCGAUGUGUUCAUCUAUGAAAGAACAUUGGAAAUAUUAUACCUCGAUGCCAAUAGAAUAAAAGAUUUACCGAGACCAUUAUUUCAAUGCCAUGAAUUACGAGUACUCUCCCUCAGUGAUAAUGAAGUUACUACAUUACCACCCGCCAUAGCGUCGCUGAUUAAUCUGGAAUUACUAGAUCUCAGUAAAAAUAGUAUAAAAGAGUUACCUGACAGUAUAAAGGAAUGUAAAAAUUUACGUUCAAUCGAUAUCAGUGUCAAUCCAUUUGAACGGUUUCCAGAUGCAAUCACGCACAUUGUAGGUCUACAGGAAUUGUACAUCAACGAUGCUUAUAUAGAGUAUUUGCCAGCGAAUUUCGGGAGACUCUCAGCUUUAAGGACACUUGAGCUUCGCGAGAACAACAUGAUGACUCUUCCAAAAAGCAUGAGUCGUCUUGUUAAUUUACAGAGACUUGACAUUGGCAACAACGAUUUUACAGAACUGCCGGAGGUCGUUGGCGAUUUAAUAAAUCUAACAGAAUUGUGGAUAGACGGUAAUGAUAUACGUCGUAUACCAGGAAAUAUUGAGCAGCUUUAUCAUUUGAAUCAUUUUGAUUGUACAAUGAACUCGGUGAAUAUAAUACCGUCCGAAAUUCAAGGCUGGCGAGAUAUAUCAAUAAUGAAUUUUUCUUCCAACGAAAUUUACGAGUUGCCCGAUUCGUUAUGUUAUUUGCGCACAAUAGUGACACUCAAAAUUGAUGACAAUCAAUUGAAUUCACUGCCAAAUGAUAUUGGUCAAAUGUCAAGUUUAGAGGAACUUAUAGUGACGAAAAAUUUCCUCGAAUAUUUACCGCCAUCAAUUGGACUUUUACGUAAACUUCAUUGUCUCAAUGCGGACAAUAAUUAUUUACGUUGCUUACCACCGGAAAUUGGAAGUUGCACUGCACUCUCAUUACUUUCGUUGCGUUCGAAUAAUUUGACGAAAAUUCCCCCCGAAUUGGGUCAUUUGUCAUCAUUACGAGUUUUUAAUCUCGUCAACAAUUGUAUAAAAUAUCUUCCAGUUUCGCUUCUUAAUUUAACAAAUCUCAAGGCUUUAUGGCUGAGCGAUAAUCAAAGUCAACCUCUGGUGCCACUACAACAGGAAUUUAAUUACGAGGAGGAUAUGACUGUGCUCUCGUGUUUUAUGCUUCCACAAAAACCGCGACAGGACCUCGAACGUGUAAUUUGCAAUAAAAUGGACCAAACCUUGGGAACAAUUUCUGGAUCUGUUUUUGGAUCCGGAAGAAAAAUAUGUUUUGCUGCUGAUGUCGAUUCGGAAUUACCGAGACAACGUCUACAUCGUGCACCAACGCCUUAUCCAAAGGAAUUGCGUAAUCUAGCCAGGCAUGCACGUAACUUGCACCAUCAGACCACACACGAUCAAAAGGAAGCUAUCGUUGUAAAUCCUAUGGUUUCAGUAGGCAACACUUCAGUUUCAGGAGCAGAUGGUCCACCACAAGAUAAUGUUGCACACGUGCCUCCACCUUUUGUCGAAUACUAUUCCCCGAAAUAUCUUAUCGUUAAUAGCAAUCUAGGAUUAGAAGUAGAGCGCAACAAUUCAGAAGAAUCUAAUGACGAGACAAUUAAAACUGUCCUCGCUACGGAAACGAAUCCUGAAAUUCGUGAGGCAAAAUGCAUUCGCAAUCCCAUGUCAGAGUAUCAUGCAAAACCAACAACAGUCCCACCACCUUAUCACAUUGCCGCGGCGUUCUCCAAGAAAGCCGCUUUUUUUCAACAACUAAAUCAAGCGUCGGUAUCUGAAACGUAUCCAACAUUUUCAUCACUGAAAUUCUCCCCAUUAAAGGAAAGUGAUUCAAAAAAUGAAAACAACGAGGAAUCAUCAUCAUUCGAUAAUAUCAAUUUAAACAACGAUAACGAGAAUUUGAAUGGAACAAAAAAUGUGAAUUUCAAUGGAAAUGGAAUGGAUAGCAGUAUUGAUAUUUGUGAUGGAGUGAAUUCAUUCACUCACAACAAUCUCAAUCAAUCAAUGAAAGAGGAUAAAAUUCCUGUUUUAAAAUUGAAAAAUGUUAAAAUACCGAAUACGUUUGAUGAACGUGAGAACAAUUUCGAGUGUUCAAGUACCAACGAGAAAGUCAAACAGAUCAAUAUUACUUCAUUAAAAGAAUCGCCAAUUUCACUACCAAUUACCAAUGAACUCAAACAAUUGGAUCAAUUAAAGAAUUCCGUUAAUGAAAUCACGUCAAACGAUAAUGGAAUUACGGUGAAUUUAAAUCAAUCGGAAAAUAUGAAUUUUGUAAAUAGCGAACAUUUAUCGAUGAAUGUUAAUGACUCACAGAAUGAAACGAAUUCUGGUAGAAGUACACCCUCUUCCUUAAAUAUCAAAUCAAGUAAUAUAAGCACUUACAGUUCUGAUGGAAAAUCAAAAUUUAAAUGGAUGUUUGGAACUCAUAAGAAUGCGAAUGUUUUGCCGGUUCGGUUGAAAAAAAAUCCUGGCUUAGGAUUCAGUAUAGCCGGAGGAAUUGCAGGAGCGGAAACGGGAAUUGUUGUGACAAAGGUAAAUCCAGAUGGUCCAGCACAGGGAACAUUACGUCCAGGGGAUAAAAUUUUAGAAGUCGACGGAAUAGAUUUCACGAAAUCGGAUCACGAGACUGCUGUGGCUGUUUUGCGAGCAACCGGUGCCAUUGUUUCCAUGAUGAUAAGUCGACACCAAUAGAUUCCCAAGUAACAAAAAAAAUAUAUACUAUACAUAAAAAACCAUCCAACAAAAUGACAAAAUUUAAUUAAAAAAUUAAUGUCAUUUUGCAAAAAAAAAAAAAAAUUCAGUUCAUGACAAAAAGAUCUGAAUUUAUUUUUAAGAUUUAUAAAUCUUACCUCUAUGUUUCUCAUCUGUGUUUUUUUCUUCAAAAAAAAAAACCAAUUUUUUGAAGAAUUCAAUUUGAUAAAUUAUUUAAAAAAAAGAACUCGCAUAUAUCAAUGCAGAUUGAAGAAUAUUUUUUGAAACGGAAACAAAAAAAAAUGAAGAGAAAAGUAUUUUUAUAAUUUAAAAAUAACUUGAUAAUGUUGUGUAAACAAUUUUUUUAUUAAUUGUACUGUACUAAUUAACCAGUGUUGGAAAAUUCAAUUAUUCGUCCAAAAAUCACAAAAUCUUGUUGACAUUCUCUCUGUGAGAGAAUCUUUAAAAAAAAAAAAAAAAUAAGUGUGAAGAAUGAAUGAAAAACGCACAUUCAUAUAAAUAACGCAUAUUGUUUGUGAGUAAACGAAACAUUUUUGCUGAACUACGGUUAGUUGAAAAUUGAAAGAGAAUAUU